GCGAUCACAUUUUGUAAUUAAGAAAUUUGUGUUCAAAACAGAAAUCAUUAAUUCUGGAAACGAGAAGGCAAAAACAGCUGUUGAAUGCUUAUCCAUCAGUAUCUUCAUCAGCUCAAGCUCUGCGCGAGGAACCGAACCCUAACCACUGCCAAGUCCCUCCAUGCGCAAAUCUUCAAGCUCGGGAUCAGUCAAUGCAUUCCUUUGGCCAACACCCUCGUCAACGUCUAUGGAAAAUGCAGCGCUGCUUCUCACGCACUCCAGCUGUUCGACGAAAUGCAUCACAGAGACCACAUCGCUUGGGCCUCUGUUCUGACAGCUCUUAACCAAGCGAAUCUUUCUGGUAAGACGCUCUCGAUGUUCUGUUCUAGCAGUGGACUGCGUCCGGAUGAUUUCGUGCUCUCUGCCCUUGUCAAGGCCUGUGCGAACUUAGGAUCUAUUAAACACGGGAAGCAAGUUCACUGCCGUUUUAUAGUAUCUGAGUAUUCUCAUGAUGAUGUUGUUAAGUCUUCGCUGGUUGAUAUGUACUCCAAAUGCGAUUCACCUGAUAGUGCUAAAGUGGUUUUCGAUUCAAUAAGAGUGAAAAGCGCCAUCUCGUGGACCGCACUGGUAUCUGGGUUCGCUAAAAGCGGAAGAAAGGAAGAAGCUUUGGAGCUUUUUAGGAACAUGCCGAUCAAGAAUUUGUAUUCUUGGACUGCAUUGAUCUCUGGUUUUGUGCAGAGUGGUAAAGGGCUUGAGGCUUUCUCUGUGUUUACCGAAAUGAGGAGAGAAAGUGUUCACAUUUUGGAUCCUUUAGUUCUUUCUAGUAUAGUCGGCGCUUGUGCUAAUAUGGCUGCUUCCAUAGCAGGGAGGCAGGUUCACGGUUUGGUUAUAUCUCUAGGAUUUGAUUCGUGUCUGUUUAUUAGUAACGCCCUCAUCGACAUGUACGCUAAAUGCAGCGAUGUUAUAGCCGCAAAGGAUAUUUUCAGUAGGAUGCGUCACAGAGAUGUAGUUUCGUGGACAUCACUUAUAGUUGGAAUGGCUCAGCACGGUCAGGCUGAGAAGGCAUUGGCUUUGUAUAGUGAAAUGGUUUCACAUGGUGUAAAGCCUAAUGAGGUCACGUUUGUUGGGCUGAUAUACGCGUGUAGCCACGUUGGUUUUGUAGCUAAAGGCCGUGAGCUUUUUCAAUCAAUGAGCAAGGACUAUGGGAUCCGCCCGUCCUUGCAGCAUUACACUUGUUUAUUGGAUCUUCUUGGUCGGUCUGGACUGAUUGAUGAAGCUGAGAAGCUAAUCCGUACAAUGCCGUUUCCUCCUGAUGAACCAACUUGGGCUGCUUUGCUUAGCGCUUGUAAGCGACAGGGGAAAAGUCAGAUGGGUGUAAGAUUCGCUGAUCAUCUCUUAAGUUGCUUUAAACCGAGAGAUCCAUCGACUUAUAUACUUUUAUCAAACGUCUACGCAAGUUCUAGUUUGUGGGGGAAAGUAUCAGAGGCGAGAAGGAAGCUAGGAGACAUGGAAGUUAGAAAAGAUCCAGGGUACAGCAGCGUGGAGGUUAGGAAAGAAACCGAAGUGUUUUACGCGGGGGAAACAUCUCAUCCUCUAAAAGAAGAGAUCUUUGGGUUGCUUAAGAAGUUGGAGGAAGAUAUGAGGAGAAGAAAUGGUUAUGUUCCUGAUACGAGUUGGAUCUUACACGACAUGGAUGAGCAAGAGAAAGAGAAGCUUUUGUUUUGGCAUAGCGAGCGAUCCGCUGUUGCAUACGCUUUACUUAAGGGUGUUCCGGGAAGUCCCAUACGGAUUGUGAAAAACCUAAGGGUUUGUGGGGAUUGUCAUGUUGUUAUGAAACAUAUAAGUGAGAUUACAGAAAGAGAGAUUAUAGUUCGAGAUGCUACUAGAUAUCAUCAUUUCAAAGGAGGAAAAUGCUCCUGUAAUGACUUCUGGUAAGGUCCUGUGUUCUUUGUUGUAACAUUUGUUUUUUACGAAUACUUGAUGAGA